AUGGCAUCACCAUCCGCGUCAGCAACCAAAAAACGAUCCGAGGAUAAUGAACAAACUCAGCCAUCAUUGAAGAACCUUGGUACUAAACCACAAACGGGCACUGGUGCUAAUAUUGUUCUUCUUGGACCUCCAGGCAGUGGCAAAGGAACACAAAGUACUCGAUUAAGUGAACAUUAUAAAAUCUGUCAAUUGUCAACAGGAGAUUUACUUCGUCAGGCUACUCAAGACGCAUCAUCUCCAGAAGGCAAACGAAUUCGUCAAACGAUGGAAGCUGGCGGUCUCGUUGAUGAUCAUAUUGUCAUGUCGUUAAUUGAUAAGAAUAUAAGUAAACCUGAGUGUAGCAAUGGAUUUUUAUUCGAUGGAUUUCCUCGCACAAUCAACCAAGGUGAACAACUUGAACAUUUACUUGAAAGCAGACAAAAACGACUUGAUGCUGUCAUUGAAUAUGCCAUUCCUGAUGAUCUACUGAAACGACGUAUCCUUGGUCGACUUAUCCAUAAAUCAUCAGGUCGAACCUAUCAUGAGGAAUUCAAUCCACCAAAAGAAUCCAUGAAAGACGAUGUUACAGGUGAACCACUCGAACGUCGUUCAGAUGACACAAGUGAAACACUCAAUGCCCGUUUGAAUACAUACCAUAAACAAACAACACCCUUGAUUGAAUUCUAUCAGCAAAGAAAUAUUCAUCAGUCAAUCGAUGCAACACAAAAGGUGAGCGAUGUUUAUCAACAAUCACUUGAUCUUGUUGAUAAUCUACGUAAACAACCAACAUACAAACCAUUAGAAGUUAACAAAGAACAAGGUACAGUUCGACAAAUGGAAACUAGUGUGAAUCGAAAUGAUUUUGACGACACAUUAACCAUCAAAAGUAAACCAAUCAAUAACCAAAUCGAUGUGGAUACAAGUAGUCUAAGCAAAAAUUUCCUCUAUGUUUACAAUUCAGUGACAUCAGUCUUGCGUGAUCGUGGAAUUAUCUGA